CAUCAAAUCACAAAAAAACGUAACUUUUUAGAAUAAGUGAUGUGUUUGUUUUUAACUUAAAAUAUGUUGCUUCUAUAUAAAAACAAGUAGAAUGUCAAUACGAGUAAAUUAUUAGUGUAGUUCACACAACUCCUUAAAGAUAUUGCUUAGCACAGCCAAAAAAUGUCAAAUUCAUCAACAAGUAUGAAAAACCACACGAAGAAAGCAAGUAGCAGCAGAGACCGGGACAGAAAUAAAUCUGUGGCGUCAGAAUCAGGAGGUUCGAGUCAGUGUGAUACUCCUCCACUCAAUGAAAAGGACAGUACCACAUCUCAUGGCAAAUUUGCUGGAGUCAGUGCCGACUCAGUGCUAUGCAUGGCUGACCAAGUUGGUGCUGAGAUCAAUGUUGAGGCAGCCACAAACUUGGCGGAAGAUGUCAGCUAUAAGUUGAGACAGACUAUAUGUGCCAUUGCUUUACACAGUGAGAUGAUGAAGAAGUCUCGAGUGGACACAUGGGAUGUGAACACAGUGCUGACACUCUCGGACACAAGCCCUGUAGUCGGAGCAAACACUGUGAAGUAUGCCACUGUUGGGGACGGAAAGGUCUGCUGUGCACUUGAGCCUGUGAUGAAUGUGACUGAAUAUGCGAUGACGUCACAGAGCUAUGUGUACUCCACAACCCCCACCGUGUCCGUGGAAUGGAUCACAGACGAGAAGAGCUUAAACAACAACACAAACAUCAGUGCUGCUUUACAGAAUUAUUAUACGAAAGUAGCAAGAGCAAUAUUGAACCUCAGAAAGAAACCUAAAGAAUUAGCAGUGGAAGACCUCACAACGAACACUCGGAUCGGGCCGAUAUUCCCGAACCUGUUCAACCUGGCGGUGCUGGUUCUGAACGACGACAACCUGAACGCGCUCAACGUGCCGGCUAAGAAACCGCUGCAGGCCAAUGUGCUUGAUAUGGUUGACGCGCUGUGUUCUAACCCUUGCAGUUUGGAUACCAAUAUUCAGCAGCAGUUUCAGCGAUUGUUUCCUGUGAUGGUGUCCAACAUCCUCGGCAACGGCUCUCUAGCGGAUAAGAUGGUUCUAAUACUCACCAAAAUCACAAGGACAUGGCCUUCCUUUAUCACAAUAGGCAAAGGUAUCCUGUUCGACUACCUCUCCCAAGGCACGUGCGAGCGGCUGACGGCGCCGAUGAUCCGCUGCGUCGUGGCGCUGGGCCGGCGCGCGCUCGUGCAGUGCCUCGGCGACCACCUUGACCACCUGGACGCGAGGGCUCACGCGCCGAGGAAGGACCACGCCGGGGUCGGCCUCCGGGAGGCUCUGCUGGACGUGUCGACGUGCCUGCUCAGGUCCGAGCGGACGACGUUCUUGGAAGACUUCGUCGUGACUGACUACACCCUGUAUGAGAUGCUGGGUGACUCGAUAUUGCCGCGACGGACACUGUUUCAUUAUAAAGACGAAAAGCCGGUACACACAACGAACGCUGACAAAACAUCUGAAGAAGAAUUCCCAUACGUACUACCCGUUCGACCUGUCGCGCGGCGCCCUAGAAUCCGAUCCAUACCCUUCAUGAAGCAACUGAACGGUAUCCACAGAGAAGCAGUCUUCGAACCCACCAAGUACUCCACAAAAAGUAUACACAUAAAGUUAAAAAGUUGCCGGACAAGAGAAAUCCCGCUAAAGUUAACUAGAGUGCAAAUAACUAGGGCCCAAAUGAACAUGAACUCAAGUGCGUCGUGUGUGAUAAGUGCGCCGAGCGGCGACGUGGUGGUGGCCUGCGGGCGCCUGACUAGGUUUAAGUAUAAACUCAGUAACAGUGAUACAUUUCCAAUGUUUGGAGCUUUAACAUUGUAGGUUAAGUAAAUAAAUUAUUCAUUUUAAA